UUUCUGGCGUCCUGAGCAAACGUCACUAGAGACCAGUCGGUUCGAGGAAGAGAACGCCGCGGCCGCAACUAUGUCGCGCGCCGUGCUUUUUAUAAGUGUUUUUACCAUAUUUUUGGAAGUGCUGCAUGCGAGCCAGCAGGCAAGCAGCGGUGCGGAGCCGCAAGUGGCGGUGCUCUGCGAUGCCGGCUCCAGCUACCACCCGCAGUACAUGUCUGCCGCAGGCCGCUGGACUCCCGACCUAACCACCAAACCUCACAACUGCCUCAAGGACAAGAUGGAAAUACUCGACUAUUGCAAAAAGGUGUACCCCAGCCAUGACAUUACCAACAUCGUGGAGGCGUCGCACUACGUCAAAGUGAGCAACUGGUGCAAGCUCGGUUCCAGCAACGCCGCUAAAUGCAAAGUCACCCGUUGGGUCAAGCCUUUCCGUUGUCUUGAAGGUCCAUUCCAAUCAGACGCGCUGUUGGUGCCCGAGAGCUGUCUGUUCGACCACAUCCACAACCAGAGCCGCUGCUGGCAGUUCGCACGUUGGAACGCGACCGCGGGACGUGCAUGCGCACAACGAGGCCUCCGACUCCGUACCUUUGCUAUGCUUCUGCCCUGCGGCAUCAGCCUCUUCUCCGGUGUCGAGUUCGUUUGCUGCCCCAAGCAUUUCAAAGAAAAUGUCAAGAUGCAUAAGCCAAUGGACGUCGGUGUACCAGUCAGCCCUGGCGGUGAAGAGAUGCUGGCCGCCUCCGCCGCAAUGGAUGAACGCGAUGAUGAACUGCUGGAUGAUGAAGACGCACUCGCAGAUGAUGAUGAUGACACACUUAACUUGAGCGAUGAUGACGAUGAUGAUGACGCCGAUGACGGUGAGUUCGAUAUGGAUGAAGACGAGGACACUGACUUGUCCCGCGACGACGACGCCGAAGACGACGACUACACAGACGGAGACGAUAACGCCUGGCCGCGUCCCGAGACCUCCUCGCCACCUUCUACCACCAGCACAACUACCACUACCACGACGACAUCCACCACUGUGGCAUCUACCGCUACCUCGGACCCAUACUUCUCGCACUUCGACCCCCGCACUGAGCACCAGAGUUACAAGGAUGCCCAGCAACGCCUUGAAGAAACUCACCGCGAAAAGAUCACAAAGGUGAUGAAGGAGUGGUCGGAACUUGAAGAACGCUACCAGCAGAUGAUGAGCACCGACCCCACCGCCGCGCAGACCUUCCGACAGCGCAUGACUGCCAAGUUCCAAGCCAACAUUCAGUCCCUGGAGGAGGAAGGCGUGGCGGAGCGUCGCCGAUUAGCCGCACUGCACCAGCAACGAGUUUUGGCACAUCUGGCUCAACGUCGCCGCACUGCGCUCGCCUGCUACACCCGCUCUCUCCGCGACACACCGCCCAAUGCCCACCGUGUCCAGAAAUGCCUGCAGCGGCUGGUGCGAGCCCUUGCAGCUGAACGUAGCGGCGCACUGGCCGCUUGGCGCCGCGCUGCAGCUGCGGGAAGAGAAGCCGCCGCCGCUGAACGAGCCUCUGCCACUGACCGCCUUCAGGAUGCCGACCGUGCCCUUCAACGUGCUCUGUCCUCGCUCCGCCGUCGCCCGCACCUCUACGCCAGCAUUGGAACCGCUAUUGAAGACUAUGUCCAGUCGAUGCAAUCGAAAGACGAUAUGGCAGUGUCUCUGAUGUCGAUGACCCCUGAGGCGGAGGAGCUGCUACUGGACCGCAUCGAGGCAGAGGUGCAGCGCGAGCAGGCGGCACGCGAUCAGCUAGGAGCUAAGCGCGAUCAACGCGCCAGGCAGCGGCAGGAUGUACAGAACGAAAGGAUCAAGACUUCAAACGGCGUGAAAGAGAGCGAUGAGAUCGACGAUGAGGCCAACGAGGUGAACGAGACGGAGGAAACGACGGCCGCCCCUGCUGCCCGCAGCCCGCCACCUUCCUCCCCCGCACCGCCCGCCUCCUCCGCCUCCCCCGCCUCGCCUGCCUCCCUCGCCAUUGCCCGUGACGCCACCACGCGCAUGGCCUACACACAGGAAACUACUACCACUGAAUUUCUAACGAGCACGGUGACGGAGGCGGCCGAGACCGAGACGGAGACUGGCGAGAUUGGCGAGACUUCCAGCCGACGAUCCACCAGCGAGACGGAGGGUGAAGGACUACGCGCUGCACUGGAGCAGGCGGAGGAGCGUGCACCGCCGCCGCCAGCCCAUGCUCUUAAACAUGAACUGCAACACACGCAGCCAGGUUACACGGUGCGCGGUUCUCCUGGCGGCAACAGCUCGGGUGCUCUGUACCCAGCAUUGUGCGUUGGCGGUGCCGCGCUGGCCGCCGCCGCAGCUGUUGCUCUUGCCGUCGCCCGCCGCCGCGACCGCGCCCCAGCCGCACAGGGCUUCGUGCAGGUUGAACAGACCGGCGCCGUGGCCCCUACUCCCGAGGAACGGCACGUAGCCAACAUGCAGAUCAACGGCUACGAAAACCCUACUUACAAAUACUUCGAAGUCAAGGAGUAAAUCCUCCCCUGUCCCUCCCACACACUCCCCACCGGACACACUUCUUUCACUCUUCUAUAUUCUUCUAUCUUUUACUAAUCCAAUUUAAUAUUACAGUUUUUAUUAAUUUAUUUUAAGCAUAUGUUUUAUAAAUUAAAUGUGAUCGCGCUGUUUAUUUAAUAUGUUUAUUGCGAGUUUGUAGUGUAAAUUGAGAUAUUUUGUGAUGUGUGCUAGGAAUCCCCUGUAGGCCCUUGUGUUUCGUGUCCCGCGUACUUUGUCCCCUAAAAAAUAAUUCUUUAUGGAAUGAAUGUGUGUGUAUACUUCUUUCUACUUCUUCGCGUCCGGUGGCGGGGAUUAGAGAUGUAAUUAACAUUUUAAAAGCUUGUGUGAUUAGUCGGCAUACAUGUUGCGGUACUCGCAAUCUCAUACGAUAGAUAAGUCAUCUGAUAAUAUUACGUUAUAUUUUGUUACUUUAUGUUUGCACCAAAAUGUUUUUUUAUUUUUAUUUUAAAGGUUAGAUAUAAGUUUUCAUCUAGUGUCCCUAGAUAUUGUAAGUCACUUUGUAGUUUUUUUAAUUAAGUUUUCGAGGCCCCGGCCCAAGUGAUAAUGUCCAAUGCGAGUCUUUCUCUUUCAAGCUUCUAUGAUAUUGAACACUUGAGACUUUUCAAAUCGAUCUCAACUACGUUAGUAUUUUAGUUAAGUCUACGUCUUUCUUGCACGACAUGCGCGGGGCGUUGUCCCUUGGGCGAGUGGAACAAAUCGUCCAUUGUACGCUGUGUAUAUAGACUCCGCGUACAUAAUUCAACCUAAAUUUUCUUAAUCUUUAUAAACCCGCUUGUUUUCUAACUUAGGUAGAUUAUAACGUGAAUUCUAUUUAAUAAAAUGCGAAAAUAUAUUUUAAUAAUUAUCGUGUACUUAGCGAAGAUUCGGGCGGCAAAGCCGGUGCGGGUGAACCCUGAGUACUGCAGUCGUUCUAGUCAAUAUUAUUAUUUGAUGCGCGAUCAUGAUUAUUAUUUACGGGUUAAUUUAUUUGUUCUUCCUUUUUUCAACUUCUUGAUCUUUGUUCGCCCGCGGGACAAUACUCAUAGUUCCCACUUAAAAGCCCGUGUACUCAAACUGUGCUUCGUCACUGUUGCAAGUGCAUUGGUCUGUGGCAUAUUGGAAGCAUUGCUGAAGCCGCAAUAUCUAGUCACAGUUGUCACAGACUAUAUUGUAUCAGACAGACGCGCACAUUAUGAGCACACGCAGAGAUGGUAAGCUUAGUGAGUGUAUGUACGAUUAUGUAUAAGUAGAUGUACAAAAAGUAAUACAUUAUAUAGAUGUUUUAGCGUCAGAUACAUAGAUAUAAAGCAAAAUAUUAUUAUAUAUCGCAUUCGUCCGUUUAAAAUAAGGGCUUGCGCUCGUGUCUAAUCCCACGUACCACACUUAAUGUUACGCCGUAGUUAAGAUGUAAUUCUGCCUCAGUAUUAUAUACAUUUAAGCUUAUUUGUUACAUAAGCUAAUUUAUAUACACUUUAUCUAUUUGUUUAUGGGCGUUGUGGCGCUGCUACGUAAAGAAAGUCAUAUCAGAGGCGUCACGGCGCUUUUUGUAACUCCUAUUUCGUUGCGCUGCAAAUGAUUUCACGAAAUAAAACAGAUGGCGUGAUAACCAAUAGCAAAAAAUGUAUUCGCUUGAACUGCGACGUAACGAAAAAGGUGUAAGCGCCCGCCCGUGGCUUGUACGACAUUUUACAUAAGUCUAUUCACUGUGUAUAACGUAAGUUUAAUCCUGCAUAAAUAACCGCUGUGUAUUUUUAAUAAUGAAUCUCAUUAACUACAAGCCAACCUUUUAUUUUUUUUAAACAAAACUUUUUGCUCAAAUUCAAUUCGACGGCAUUAUUAAUGUUUCAAGAUGUCGAAAAUCGAUGUCAAAAAAUUACUUAAAAGAUAUUUGUCGUUUGUCAAACUUAUCGAUGUCGUAGUGAAACCCUGGUUUAUGUAAUUCCCAUUUCAAUGUUAUAUGUACUUUAAGAAUAUAAAAGGUUUGAGAUUUUUUUUCUUUUUGUGAUUUACUGUGCUGCAUUUCAUUGUGAGUUCGAAGUUCAAAUUGAAUCAAUA